AUGUCUGGUAUCGACGUUGAGGCGUUACUUGAUUCAACUGCGGACCCAGGACCCGAUACCUCCAAAUCCGUGGAAACGUCGGAUCUGAGAGACAACGAAGUCGAAAAGAAAAAGGACCGUGAUGGACGCCGUGACCGAGAUGGCUCCCGGGACCGCGAUAGGGAUAGGGAUCGUAGACGCCGAGACCGUAGCCGAGACCGACGCCGCGAGAGGGAUGCCGAUGGAGACGAAGAGAUGAAGAGCCCAAAAAGCGAUCGCGCAAGUGCUAACGGGAGCCAUAGAAGCCGAAAGAGAAGUAGAAGCCGUGAUAGCGAGAGGAAACGCUCUCGCCGCGACCGCGACCGUGACCGUGACCGUGACGACGCCUACCGCUCGUCCGGUGGCGGCGGAGAUUUCUACAGAGGCGGUGGCCGGACUAGAUCCCGUUCCCGAUCUCCGCUCGAUGAUAGAUACUAUAGACCAACUGGCCGGGCACGCCGUGACGGGGGUGAUCGGGACGAUGAAAAGCGUCGCUCCCGGCGGGAUAGGGACAGCCGUCGACGUUCUCCUAGCAAGACGCCCGAGCCCCAACUGACUGAAGAUGAACGCGACAGGCGCACCGUAUUUGUUCAGCAGCUUGCUGCUCGCCUAAGAACGAAAGAGCUUAUUGCCUUCUUUGAAAAGGUUGGCCCUGUAAAGGAGGCCCAGAUUGUGAAGGACAGAGUUAGUGGGAGAUCCAAAGGGUAA